GGUGGUGUAAUUUAUAUAAAAUACACGUGAAUUGAAUAAUAAAAUCUCCUAAAUAUUAGCAUAUUUAUCAAGUGAUUAUCAAAGAAGCGUCUAAUUUUAUCGCAACGAUGGCAGUAUAGUGCAAUGAGCGUUGAUUUGUGUCACGGGAGUUCAAAUACAUUAUUUUUGUGAUAAUAAUGAUUAAAUGUUUGUGUAGUUCUUGUAAUAGACGGUGUAACAAUUGUGUUUUACUAUAAAAGAUUUCUUAUUGCUGUAAAAUUUGUCGAUAUUUUAUUAUUUAUAUGACAUGAGUUGGCGGGAAUUUGCCGGUGUAAAUUAAGCGUCGUGUAAAUACUCGACAAUGACCUCUGUAGAAGAAGGCGAGACGCCACCGGAGGAGGUGCCGGCGGGAAAUCCAGACGAGCUAACUAAAAAUCCGACAGCUUUGAAAGAGGCUCAUGAACAAAUGGCAACUCUAGAUGUUUUGGUGUGUGGCCAGUGCCACUCAGCAUUCCAUUUCGUUGAGGAUUUUAAAGAACACAAGGAUGCCAACAAUUGUACAGGAAAAUCUCCUGUUAGGGAUAGUAAUGAAAGCAAAGCGCAAGUGUGGGCUUUCCUACUAUGGAAGUGCUCAUCUGUCCGUGACGGCUCCACUGUGAAUACAGACAACAGCUGGAAGUUAUACCAGCAGUGGUGCCGCAUGGCAGAGGCUCAACGGACUGCUUGGAUUACAGCUGGAUCUAAUGUCCAGGCCCUGUCUAAAUUUGCACAUGCUAAAGUUAUGGAAGUUAAGACUGAAGAUCAACUAGUUCCUGUUCAAACACCAGUACAGCAUGAAGUUAAGAGACGAGGCAGACCGAGGAAGACACCCAAGCCGGAGGACUCUGAAACACAACCCUCAGGGGAAGAAAGUGACGAUAUUGUUAAAGCUAGCCCUGGACUGAAGAAUGUCCAAAAAGUACCAAUACCACAAAAUCUUAACAAAACUAAGGAGUUGAAUGAGUCUGUGCGUAAUGCCCAAGAGCGAGUUCCACCUGAGGAGAGGAUUGCGCGUCGUACUGAGCGCCAGGGCGAUCCUACUGAGGCUGGAGAAUAUGUUGUGGAGAAGAUCUUGGCUAAGCGAUUUAAUCCACGUCGGAAGCAGUAUGAGUACCUGCUCAAAUGGGAGGGAUAUCCACAUGAGCAAAAUACUUGGGAACCUGUGGAAAAUAUGGAGACUUGUAAACAUUUAUUGGAAGCAUUUGAGAAGCAGCUGGCACGUCAGAAGGAACUCAAGGCUCUCAGAGCUCAACAACAACAGCAGCAACAGCAUCCAGUGCAGGUGAAACAAAUUAGUACACCCUUACCUCAAGUUGUCAAGCAAGUGGUGAAGAAAUCUGAGAGUCCUGCAGUUACACCAUCUGGACGUCUUCAGCGCACUAGCAAAGUUCGCGCUUUAGAUCAAGUUAAGGCAUGGUGUGGUGCUGAGGAUGGUGAACCAGCUGCCAAGAAAGUGAAAAAGGAAUUAUCCAGUGAAGAUGAGGACUACUCUGACCCUGACUCGACUAAAGCUGACAAGAAAUUGCUGAAUGGUCAAUCUUCGCCAACAAAGUCCACUCUGGACCCUGAGCUGGUGAAAUCACUUGGUCUCGCGGGAAAAGGCAUGCCGAACAUAAAGGGCGUCAUUAAGGUUGACCCUAAACAUAUGCCUAAUCUUACCACAGGUGUGUAUAUAAUGUCGAAGAGUUCAGGAAUUAUGAAGAUUGAUUCGCCUGGGAAAUUAGGACCGGGUCUAAAUAUAGAUCAGGAUGUGAUUCGGAAACAGAUAUUAGCAGCUAAACAGAAAAAAUUAGAAGAAGCCAAGAAAACAUCCCCUAUCCGCACACCAAUGACAUCACAGAUAAAGAAAACUUAUGGUUCUGGAGGACAGCAAGUGACAGAGAAGACUAUAAUUACUCCUUCAGGACAAAAGAUUAUUCAGCGCACUAUUCAAAGACCAGCAGGUCAAGGUGCUGAAGGAAAGUCACCUGUCACCAUACUCAACAAGAAACUUGCACAGGGCGACAGUUUACUGCGGCGCGGCGGGUCAGGCCGGGGGCGCGGCCGCGGAGGAUAUUCCGUGGCUACUACGGCUGGCGGGAACAUUGUACGGAUCCGUGACAAAGUUCCUCUGUUAGAGUUCGAGCAGUCGGAUGCGUCAUCUGACACGUCUGAUGGCAUCGAGGAUCCGUUCCCGCGUCAGUUGGGUCCGCUGCCGCCUCCGAGCCCGGAGCGCGAGCUGACUCUGUGUCCACUGACGGGGCGGCGACUGGCGCGCGCGGAGGGAGAGCCCACGCCGCCGCCGACACCAUCGCCGCCGCCAACGCCACCACCAGCCCCAGAAGCGCUGGCUGGUACUAUGCUUAUGAAGGUUGAAAUGUCUCCUGGCGGUACAACUGGAAUGCUGGUACAAGGAGAUGGUGCUCAACCCUCACUUCCUGUACUUACUGAUGAAGAUGGUACGGAAGUUAAAGUGGAAGCCAGUGCUGUCAAACAAUUAUUAGAAGGGGGAGUUGGGGUUGACGACGGUGAAGAGGUCGGAUUACUACACUCAGGACACACGCCUAUCAUGAUCAGAGGAGAAGAUGGAGUCCUUUACCAGGUCGCAGGCGAAAACGAAGCAGGUCAAACGCUACUUGUAGCAGCAGAGGGAGUUGAAGGUGCCGUCGAGGGUGUGGAAGGCGCAGUCGAAGGCGACGGUGACGUCAUGUACGUCACGAGGGAAGAUGGGCAGGAGGUGUUGGCGAUCGAUCCCUCUCAGCUGGCGCAAUUAAUGCCUGGAGGCGAGGCGGCGCCCGCGCUGCAGCAGGUCGCCGUGCAAGUCGAGGGGGAACCCGGGGAGGAUGCCACGCAGGUCAUCGCGCAACUACUGCAGGCUGACUUACCAUCACCCGGUGGAACACGAAGAGUGGUACUUAUGUUGCCUGAUGGCAGUUUGACAAUGACUGAACUUGACAAAGAACAGUAUGAAUCAAUAACAGAAGCCAGUAAAGCACAGGAAUAAAAUUAUUAUUUGACCAAUUCGAAAUGUGAUGAACCACUAUUUAUCAGAGAUCAAAUAAAUAACUAUUUGUUCUCUAAGCCCCAAGCUUUGAAGAUUUAGACAUUAAUGUGACAGAACAGUUUCAUACAAUGUCGAAUUCUUAUUUUCUUUACUUUAUUAAGCCACAUAAUACAAUUUAUAAUUAUGUCUAAAUGUGAAGUGUAUACACACAGGUUGGUUACAUCGUGAAGACGUAAGUUCUGUACAAACAUGUUUUACAAUUGUGAUUUGUUUCCGAUUUUCUGUUGUCAAUUUGAUAUUGAUGUAAAAAUCUUAGCCAAAUAUCAAUACAGCAGCUGUAGCCAAAUGCCAAUUAGCGCUUGUCUACAUGUAGAAUAGAAUAACCAAAUGAUCUGGGAUUGGCGUAAAUUUUGACACUUGUAAGUGUCAUCCCCAUACAUUUUGAAUUUCUACUCUCUUUAUAAUAGACAAGCUUAAAGUGGCGUUUAGCUAAAGGCCCAGGUACCAAGAUAUAACAUUAGUACAUCGAAUUGACACGCAGUAAGUUAAACUGUCAAACACCAAGCGGUCACAGGUGACCGCAACCUAUUGUUCUAUAAUUGUGUCUACAAAACCGGUACUCGACGAGUUAAUUGUAUAACAAUUGGUGGACGUAAUAAUCCUCUGAUGUAGUUUUCUGUAAAAUAUAUCGGCAAAUACAAGACUGACUGCCACUAAGCUGUAAAUAAAGUUAUUACAGUAUGUGACAGUAUGUAUAUCAGUUGUUGAAAGGAGUUGGGUAUUCUCAACUUUGACUAAGACUCAAUUUACAUUGCCACGGCAUGGAAUAAGAUUGAAUUUUGGGGACGAAAUUGUACAAGCUAAUAUUAGCCACGAUUUUUAUGGCUAAUGUUUAGGUUGUAUGUUUUUUACACAAUUUAUGUAAAGUUAAUGUAUAAUUUCUUUAUUGAUUCCAUUUUGCUGCAAUGUUAAAUGAGCCUGAGAAUGAGUCAAGUUAAUAUUAAACACAUAUUAUAUUGUUUUAGAAGUAGUCUGUAUUAUAGCUUUAGAAGACUUUCUACCUUUUAAACAAGGGAUGAUGUGCGAGAUCUUUUUCUGUUUAAAAAUAAUGAAAAACAAACAACUUGUAUUUUUCUUCUUAAAUAUUGUUGUCACGCCUUAGUGCAUUUAGGUAUAUAGUUUGGCUACAACUCCGACUUACGGCGAGCUAACUAUCGGUUUUCAGCCUCGCCAUCGUCCCUGCAAUUAGCAAAAGCAUAUUUUUAAAAUAUGCUUAGAAUAUAUUCUUUUCAUCAUGAACUCUGAUUUACAUUAUAGUUUUUAGUAUUGUAUAUAGUCAAAUUUGUAGAUUAAUGCCACAUGAUUUAUCCUCAAUUAAAUUAAAUGCUUUUAUAUUGAAAUAUACUUCCUUUGUAGCCUUCUUAAAAGAAGCUAAUGUCAUUAACAAAAUUAGCUCUAAUGCUAAGUGGUUACACUCUACUAGUGUGUUUUUAUAUCAUAUUCUUAAGGAACUUCUUUUACCUUUUACUAAGGCUUGAAUAUUGUGAGCCUUACUAACUGCUAGUAAUACGCGGAGAACAAGACCUAGACAUUGCACUCAAAAAUUCAAGAUACAUAGAAUAAUUUCUAGUACAUAUUCAUUACUCUGCAUCGUUUCUGCAACUUUUGUUUUAAUCGUCUGGAUACAAAAUGUUCCCUGAUUGUUUAACCCCUCAAGUUCUAAAUUGAUACUUGAAAAAUUGUAAAUAAUUACCCAAAGGGAAUUCACGUUGCUUGACCACCAACAUGGAAAAAUUCUUAUUAGAUAAGAUCUUAUAAUAAGUAGCAGCAGCAGCAUGUAAGAAAUGUGGUAAAGUAUAAAGUUGUCUUUAUUUUAGAUUUGUAAUAUAAUGAUAUAAUUACAAUAAAAUAUAGCUAUUAGGUAAU